UUUACCUGUUCACGUCUGAGCGCGCGGUUCGUAAUCAGCCGUAUCUGAAUAGGAAGCGAUCGAACGAAGUAUUAUACCGAACCCGUAUACACGGGGAAUAUUGUAAUAAUAAUUAAUUUGUAUUUUCCUUAGUGCGUAGGUAUCUUUGUCAACGAUUGGUUUUGUAAUCAAAUCACCGUGAAUUCGGGUGUUUUUUGUUUUUGUUUAUUUUUUUUAUUUUAUUAAAAUAACGGAUCAAACAUUAGCCUGCCUCGUAACCAGAAGCUCUGGGACGAUCGACUUACUGCUCUUCCGGCGGCAGUGCCAUGCGACCGGACUGGUCAUCGACGGUACUCCGCGUAACAUUUAUUGUAACGUUGAUUCUCAACAAUGCGUGCACGUCAAAAAAACAAAAGCGUCAGUUGUUCCGUGAGAAUGUGUUGCCAUAUUUUGGUGGUAAAAUACCAGAUUCUGCGUUUCAUGCAGACCGCUUGGCAUUAAAUAUGUUAAAUAAAGAAGGUAUAUCCAUACCGGAUGGUAUUCUGUUCGAAGCCAGACCCAAAGAAUCGUUCCACCAAAGUCACCGGAACGAUCCGGAAUUACACAACUCAGUAGUCAAAAUGAUCCAAAUGCCAGACGGCAGGUUUGUACCUUCAGAAGGCAAGUACGAGGCUGAAAAUGAAGUUGAAUCCACGUAUAGAAUAUUAAUACCCUCAAAUAAGAAUAAUUAUCAUUUACCUAAAUUUAGACCGGUACCAGAAACACUACAGCUGUCUGUUCAUCAAGUUUUUGGGAGUGGACAGUUAUCUUUAGCACCCAUUGUGGGACAAAUAGGGGUUCCGUUAUACCCUAUAUUACCGAGUUGGAAUUUACAUGAUGCCCAUCGGCCUUACGUUAACCAAUUCAAUCAUAAUAUCAAUCAAAUCAUAGAUGUUCAAUCAGACGUUAACAAAAUCCAUUUGACGGGUUUUGUGUGUGAUAGAUCAGGAAAAAUAUAUCCAGAUCCAAAAACUCAAUGUCAGGUUUUUCACUUAUGUCAUUACAAUGGAUUCAGAGAGACAUUCGUUUGUCCACAAGGAACCCGAUAUGAUUCAUCAUUACACGAAUGUAGACUUUGGUACUUGACUCCCUGUCUGGAUAUGCGUAGAUCUUAUUAAGCCUAUAAUUAAGUCAAUUUUCAAUAUGAAAAUAAUUUAUUAUAUUUGUUUUCAACUUUUUUCAUAAAGUCUGUAAAUAAUAUUACUGA